CCCAACCUCCCCUUGGCACAAGACAUCAUACAGAGAAAAAAACUUUCCAUUAAACUUUUUUUAGGGCACCUACCAAGGAUGUUUUCAAGUAGCAGGAUCACUGAGCAAAGUGCUCUCCUCUCUGAUCAAUAGCAAGCUCUAUUCAAAAUUUGGACCACGUGCACCAUGGACUCUGGAAAUUGUGCAAAUAUGUACUGCAAUGGUAGUUUGGAUAUUGUUUCGCAAGAAGAUGGUACCACUACAAGUGCUUGAAUCUCAAGCUAAAAGAUCCUCCUUCAAGGAGGAAUCAUGA